AUGGUCGGUCGUUAUCUACGAUUAUUUCGUAAAGAAUUAUUUAAAAAAUAUCCAAACUUAUGGAAACGAUUAGUAACACCCGAGGAAAAAGAGAAAUUAAUUCAAAUGGGUUUAGCCACUUCUAUCACAGCUACCAAUGCUAUGCUAUUACGUACCUAUGAAGUGAAUGAAAUCAUUUCCGAUCAAGAUCGUUUAGCUGAAUUAAAAGGUUGUCGUCAAUUGAUUGGCAACGAUUGUUUACCAAUAACAACCAAUCAACAAUUAAGAAAUUUUCACAUGAAUACCAGUUCAACCAAACUGAAUGUUGGUUAUACAUCAUCAUCGUUAUCAUCAUCAUUAUCAUCUACUGGUCGUACAAGUUUCAAUUCCAUCGGUGGUAAUUUGUCAACAUCAACAAAUUUAUCAUCAGGUGUUAUGAAUACUGUCACAGGUGCUAUGGAUCAUAUCAGUGGAAGUGGAAAUUUCAAGUCGAGAAGAGAUAGUAGUCGAUGGCUUGGUGUUGGUUCAACACCGAAUACAUCAUUUCAUUUAGAUUCAGUGCCUUGUCCAACUCCAAUUAGUCGAUUAAGAACUGCUCGACAAACUAGUAAAUCAUUUACAUUUCCAUUCUGUUUGGAUGAUUCCGAUCCAAUCGCAUUUCAUGAGAAUGCACGUCAACCGGAAUGCUUGGUGCCAAUUCGACUAGAUAUAGAAUGUGAUGGUGUAAAGCUACGUGAUUGUUUUACAUGGAAUCGUAAUGAACAGCUGAUUACAUUGGAACAAAUGGCUGAAGUAUUAUGUGAUGAUUUAGAUUUGAAUCCGAUAAAUUUUGUGCCAGCUAUUGUGAAUGCUAUGCGACAACAAAUCGACGCUCAUCCAAUGAAUGAUUUUCUUAUUGGACAAACUGAUACACGUGUGAUUAUUCGUUUAAAUAUUCACGUAGGCAAUAUAUCAUUAGUGGAUCAAUUUGAAUGGGAUCUAUCAGAACCGAAUAAUUCACCGGAAUUAUUUGCAUCACGUCUAUGUGCUGAAUUAGGUUUAGGCGGUGAAUUUGUUACUGCUGUCGCAUAUAGUAUACGUGGACAACUUGCAUGGCAUCAGAAAAUUUAUGCUUUCAGUGAAUCGCCUCUACCGACAGUCGAUAUAGUUUUUCGUAAUUCCAAUGAAGCGGAUCAAUGGAGUCCAGUUGUUGAAGUUCUUACUGAUGCAGAAAUGGAGAAGAAAAUACGCGAUCAAGAUCGGAAUACCAGACGAAUGCGUCGUCUAGCUAAUGCACAGCCCAACUGGUAGUUACUUUCUUUUUCACAAUGUUUUUUUUUCAAUUGUUAAAUGUUGUACACACAUAUUUAUUUUAAACAAAAAAUUUAUUAUCUGUAUAAUAUAUAAAUAUAUAUGUAUCAAAUAAUCAA